GGUCAUUGCCAAUGGUCUUGCCGACCUCCACCGCAAUGGCUUUAUGCACCGCGACCUCAAGAGCCUCAAUGUGCUUUUGAGCUCAACCAACUACAUCAAGGUGGCCGACUUUGGCCUCGCGCGGGAGAUUGACCUCAACAUGACGACUGGGGCUGGUACUCGUGCGUGGACCGCACCCGAAGUCUUUACAUCUGGCGGCACGUACGACUAUGCGGCCGACAUUUACUCGUUUGGCGUCAUUUUGACGGAGCUCGAGACGCUCCAGGUGCCGUAUGCCGGCAUGAACCUCUUUGCGAUCAUCGACGGCGUCCGCAGUGGCGAGUUGCGUCCGUCCGUGAGCGCUGACUGUGCGCCGUGGUUCAAGGAGCUCGUCGACGACUGCUUGUCGUUCGACCCGACCAAGCGCUCGACCGCCAUUGCGAUCAUCGACCGGCUUUUGCUGAACAAGAACACCGACCUACUGAAGAAGCCGUCGAGCAGCCGCUAUGCCACCGACUCGGCGUCGUAA